CAAUACGAACUGGACGAGGAUCCGAAACGCAAGGAGUUCCUGGACGACCUCUUUGGCUUCAUGCAGAAGAGAGGGACGCCCAUGAACCGCAUGCAGGUGCUGGACCUGUACACGCUGUACCGGCUGGUGACGGACAAGGGGGGCCUGAUUGAAGUCAUCAACAAGAAGAUCUGGUGGGAGAUCACCAAAGGCCUCAACCUACCUACUUCCAUCACCAGCGCUGCCUUUACCCUCCGCACGCAAUACAUGAAGUACCUGUACCCCUACGAAUGUGAGAAGCGGGCGCUGAGCUCUCCCGGGGAGCUGCAGGCCAUCAUUGAGAGCAACUGGCGGGAGGGCUGGAGGCAGAGCUUCGGCACGGCGCUCUUCAACUACUCACCCACAGGUACCCCGGCCCUGCUGGGCACCCCCAAAAUGCCCCUGCUGGCUCUCAGCAUCGCCACACAUGCCUGCAGCCAGAUGGACCAAGCACACACCAUGAAGAAAGAAGAUGGUGUGCUGGCAGCCAAGGUGCCUGGCCACAUCACCAUCCCGGUGGGACUGGCCGGCCACCACCUAGUGGCGGCCCAGGCAGCGGCCGCGUCACAGGCACACGUAGGGGCGGCCGAGGCGGCGGCCGCGUCACAGGCAGCGGUGCUGGAGCAGCUGCGCGAGAAGCUGGAGACCGGGGAGCCUCCCGAGAAGAAAGUGGCGCUGAUGGCAGAGGAGCAGCAGUGGCUCAUGCAGCACACGCUGCAGCACAACCUCCUGGCUGUGGCCUCCCAGUUCCCCAUAAACAUCAAGAUCUCCAACCGAGGUAAUGACAGACAGCAGACCACAUUGAACCUGUCCACCAACGGCAUUAGCAGUAUCAACAUGUCAAUAGAAAUAAAUGGAGUUGUCUACAUAG